AUGAAGGUGUUGAACUUGAUCAGAGAAUUCGAGAGGCUACAAAUGAAGGAGUCUGAGUCAAUCAAAGAAUACUCAGACAAGCUGAUAGAUAUUGCCAACAAGGUAAGAGUUCUUGGGGAUGAUCUCUCUGAUUCUAGACUGGUGCAGAAGAUACUUAUCUCCGUGCCUGAGAAAUAUGAAGCAACUAUUGCCUCUUUUGAGAACACUAAGGACUUGACUCAAUUGAGAGUAGUGGAGUUGAUCAGUGCUUUACAAGCACAAGAGCAGUGGAGGCUAAUGAGGCAGGAAGGAAGCAUAGAAAGAAGUAUAGAAGGAGCAUUGAAGGCUAAGAUGUGUUGGAGAAGGCCAGAUGUGAAAUGCAGAAGGUGUAACUUGAAGGGGCACAUUGAGAGGUUUUGCAAGGAAUCGAGAAAUCAACAGCAGGGUGAAGUACAUGCUGUAGUUGAAGAAGAAGAGGAUCAUUUGUUUGUCGUCUCUUGUUUCUCAUCAAGCAUUUUAUGUGACAAUUGGUUUGUUGAUAGUGGUUGUACCAAUCACAUGACUUAUGAUGAGAAGCUGUUUAAAGACCUUGACAGGUCAUUGAAGUCGAAAGUCAGGAUAGGAAAUGGAGAAUACCUAGAAGUGAAGGGAAGGGGCACAGUAGCAAUAGAGAGCUGUGCUGGAACUAAGUUGAUUUCAGAUGUUCUGUCAAUUGGUAGAGAAGAGAUUCAAGGUUAUGUUUGA